AAAAGAAACUGACACCGGGACAGUAUCAGUACAUUCAAGCAGCUGAAACAGUCUGACACACCGCCCAACGCUCUGAACAACCGCUUGUGAUUACCAUAGCAUUAGAAGUAAACCCAGUGACUCAUCUGAGGGAGGAGACAGAGAGAGGGUUUCUCCAGGCAAACACCCAAUUACAUCAUGCUGCCACAGUGACUAACCCAGGCAGUGCUGGGCAGGCAGGAGGACAUUUUUGUGGAGUUUCUGUGAAGAUCAACAUGUUUUGGAUGAGCCUGUGAGAACGGGCAACCUUCACAGCCACAACCUUUUUUACAGUCCGGUCCAAUAAAAGAAGAGUUCCUUCAAAAGCAGCACGUUCUAAUCUUGGACAAUAAGCGCCUGCUGUAUCUUGCCUUGUUCAGAGGUACAUUAUUAAUUCUUCCCUAUCACAAGUAAAAAUUAAUAGUUUCCCAACAGAGGAUUUUCUGACAUUGCAUUAGGCCCUGUGUGAGUGGGUAUUUGAGUUUUUUGCUAGCUCCUGCCCUUCCACAGGGAGGUCAUCAAACAAAGCAGUGUUUGUAGGGUCUUUUCACCUUGCCCAAGGACACUACAGCAGAAGAGACACUCAUUGUGCUGGGGACUGAACUGAACCCUGGAUCUUUUCGGGUACAGGGUCCCACCUGCUGAUUUCUUUGUAUAUCUUCUGAGAUACCAACACCAUGCUGUACCUGAAGAAAUACUUCACAGAGGGCCUCAUCCAGAUGGCCAUCCUGCUGAGUCUCUGUGGAGUGAGGGUCGACGUGGGACUGGAACCCUACCUGCCUCCCUUGUGGCAUGAGAUGAUUCUGGGUCCAACCUUGGCACUGACCCAGACACAGUUCCACAACCUCCGCAACCACCUGGAGGAUGGCCAUGACCAGCACUCCAAGAAUGUGGACUUGGACGGAUUUUUCACAGCACGAAGGCUGCUAGGCUGGGUCCGCUCGCUUGACAGACUACAGGUUCCUCAUACAGAGAUAGAGACAUGGCUGGUCCAGAGGGAGCCAGAUCCUCUCCCCAUGGAAUUUCCAGACCAGCCCUCCCUGGUGGAGAGAGCUCCCACUCGGGUACACAGAGAACGAAGAGAUCCGUCUGUGGAACCCAGAGCUGAACGUGGUACCUUUCAGGAAGAAAUGGAGGAAGACAAUAUAGAGCGUGUACUUCAUCAUAUCAGUGCUCUGAAUGAGAGAAGAGCAGAAGAGGAGAAUGGAGAGGAAGACCUGGCCAGGAUGCAUAGGCAUUACAGGAGGACAGAAGGAGGAGGGAGACCAGGAGGUUCCAACAGCCAUGCUAAUAACAGAGAGUUGACUGAGAAUGAAGUAGACCAGACUUCUCUCUCCUUCCAAGAGUGUUUGAGGCUGUUGGAGGAAACCUUUCCCCUCACAGAGGAACAACAGUUGAGUGAUGUUGGCAGUAGAGGGGAAGACCUAGAAUGUCAUCCCCCAAGCAGGGAGCCCCUGCUGCUCACCCCCUCUGAUAACCCCUCCUUGGACCUGGAGCACCACUGGCAGGACCUGUUCUCUAUCAUGGAGCAUGAGAACACAGAAGUUGAUGUGAUAACAUCAAUCGACCACGCCGUAGAUCUAAGACCAUCCGGGGCGCUUUUGGGUGUGAGAUCUGAUGCUCUGCAACAAAACUGUAACAACCUUGACAAUGGCAUAACAAAUGCUGAUCACGAGGUCCAUCUAAUGGAGACUCCCCCGCAGCAUGGAUUGUUGUGGUCUUUAAGCCAGUCAGAGCUAGAGCCAGCCCUGCUUUCUCUCACCCCCAGUGCAGAGUUGGAUGACCACAGUUCAGCAUUUAACACAAGGGAUGUUUUGAGAAACUCAAAUGUGAAUACCUUGCACAGCCCACCAGAUCACAUGGAUCUCUUGGGAGAGGAUCCUUCAGAAGAGUUCUGCAGGGGACAAACUUCAGAAGAUAACUCAAGUAUCUUCAACAUAAACCUGCCAGCACAAGAUCUUGUGGAUAACAUGGAAGGCAGUCCCUGUUUAGAGUCUGCUCUCCACCCUGAAGACCUUUCUAGCUUUGAUAUUAACUUUCAUUUACGUGACUUAACACCUUCCAGUUCUGAUACAUCUCUGGGGGGGGAUGAUAUGAACCAAGACCUUCUGACAUCUCCUUCCAGUGUCUUUCUGGUUGAUGAGGAGGGUGAAGAUGGUCUCCCUAGCCCACUUAGUGACCUCCUAGAGGAUGCUGCCAUCUUGGAUGAGAUGAGAUUGUUGGACCUCACAUUGGAGGAAGGAUUCAGUCUGGAGAUGGCAGCCAGGCUAGAAGAGGAGGACUACCUUGACUGUGAAAUAGUCAAACAGGACACUGGCAGAGAUGAUGACCACUCAGUGUCUAGCAUGGCAGUCACAGAAGAUCAGAGUGAACCAGAGAGACAUCAGCAAGACCAUGAGGAGGAGGCAGACUCUGACUCUGGUCUUUCCCUGGACUUCAGCCACAGCCCAGCUUCUCCAUGUUGUUCUGAGACCUCCUAUUAUUCCUCUUCCUCAUCCUCUUCAUCAACCUCCUCUUCAUGUUGUGAGUCAGCUGUGGAAAGUCCCUGCUAUGAAGACAGGGAUGAAGAUGCUGAGGAAGGUUCAGUUGGUUCAGAUAUGGGAGUAGAGGUGACCGUAAAGCAGGAGGAGCUGGAAGAGGAGGAGAUGGGGGCAGUAGGGGGAGAGUAUCCUGAAGAUGUUAAGAAAUUCUUCCCUGCCAACUACGGUGAUUACAUGCUAUUAAAUGGCUUUCCUUGGCUGGACAAUAUCAACCAUGAUCAUACAUACAACCAGCCCCGGUCCUCUGCCUCCUUUCCAUCGCAACCCACAAAACACACCAAAUCCUUCCAGCAACAUCACAACCCCAGACAUUACCACCGCUCUUCUUCCAGGCACAACUCUGAAACCAAAAUGUGGAGUCGAGAUGAACGCCGUGCACGAGCCCUGAAGAUCCCUUUCUCCAAUGAGCUGAUUGUUAAUCUGCCAGUGGAGGAGUUUAAUGACUUAUUGACCAAUUAUCAACUCAAUGAGGAGCAACUUACCCUUGUCAGGGAAAUACGACGCCGUGGUAAGAACAAGAUAGCUGCCCAGAACUGUAGGAAGAGGAAACUGGAUGUGCUGCUGGGACUGGAAGAUGAUGUGUCUGGUUUGAGGCGCCAUCGCUUGCGGCUGCUCCGAGAGAAACAAGACGUCCUGAGAAAUCUACAGGAAAUGAAACGCCAACUGGGCAGCUUGUACCAAGAAGUCUUUUCCAGACUAAGGGAUGAGAAUGGCAGGCCGCUGGAUGCUAGAGAGCAUCUGCUUCAUUUUGGACCUCAUGGUAGUAUCAGCGUGGCUUCACACCAACAAGGUGCAUGGCUGCCACCGACAGGAAGACAAACAAGCAAGAAACAGAGGAACAAAAAGAAGUGAGAAGGUGAGCAAGCCAGCAAUAUUCUCAUGGGAGGACAUUAGAAAAUGGAGGAAGAGUAAGGAGAUUGCCAAAGAAGAAUGUUGUUUUGGUGAGUGAAGGAACAAAAGGACUAGUGACAAAAGGAGAGCUCAAAGAUACUCUUAAAUCCUCAGACACCCAAAUAGAUAUCCCUAAUGUUUUUUAAAAGAAUCGGUGGAUGGCUGGAAAGGAAAUUGAGACAGAAGAAAGAGGAGACCUUUGAGAGUGGUCUUUGGGUGUGACUAUCAUGAUGAUGUUGAUGACAGCCUUUACUCCAGGGUGUGUUGCUCUCCAAUCCUUAUUAUGAACAUUUUGUACACUGGAAAAGGACUUUUCUUCUUAUUAUUGUUUGUUGUUAAUCUGACUAUUGUUGAAUUUAAGCAACACUAGGCAAAUCUAGGCUGCUAGUACUUUUUGGAAUUGAAGCAACACACAAUAGAUGACCGUGGGACCAGCAUUACAAAAUAUUUUAUGCCUAUGCAAACUCCUGCUUUCUCUUACAUUAGCCACCAAGGAGACUUGAAAAUAUCAAGCUGAACAAAACAGUUGAGUGAUAACAGGCUGGACUGUGUCCGUCAGCAAAUUCUGUCAAUUGCAGACACUACAAUGACUCUGAACCACCAAAGAAAGGUUGCUGAUACCUAACUGACUUCGAAGGACAGGUGAAAGUUAAACAUUUUGUCUAUAAGCUAUUCUAUAUGGAUUAAUAAUAUUAAUUAAAAGUUAAAAAUAAUACGAGAAUAUACAGUCUUUGAGAACAAUGUGGGAUGUUAUCAUGCAUCAUGUGAUUCAGAGGUGAACCCAGAAAGCGACAGGGGUAAGAGUAUGAAGAAUGUAAUGGAUAGAGCGCUCGGUGCUCCACUCAUUUUCACACCUGUGCCUGUCUCAAACAGGAUGAUGGGAAAUUGUGCUCCUGGUGUAGCUAUAGGGUUGCCCUGCCCACCACCUAUAUUCAAAGCAAGACUGAAACCUGCUGACUCUUGGCAGGUCUGUAAUACAAGGGGUAAAUAUACACAAAAACUAAGUUAAGUUGUUAAGCUAAUAAUGUUCUAAAAUUGAUGGGUAUGGAAGUAUAUGUCAAGUUCCACAAAUACAUAUAAUACACCUCAAAUUGAUUCUGAUAUUUCUCCAAACUUUGUGAAAUGUUUGAAGUUAGAAUGUCACCCUCUGGUGGUUGUGUACAUAGCUGAGUAUGACAGAACUCCAUAGAGAUUCUGAUGAAAUUAUUAUACAAGGAAUUGCCAUUUUUACCCAAAUGUACAGUAUUUUAAAUUGCAGUUGAGACAGUCGUCUGUUCAAAGGUAGUUGCUCAGUUGAAGUUCUCCAACUAAAAAUAGUAAAUAAAUGUUUCUCAGGAAUGAGCACAGCCAGAACAUGCUAGUAGUUACUUUUUAGUUUCUUUUUUAAUACAAUAAUUCUAUUUGUUUGGCGCCCUUAUAUAUUUUUUUUAUUUUUUGGCAAGAAACUGUUGGUAAGUGUACAGUAGAUGUACUGUAUCCACAUGGUGGAUACCUUAUUUGAUCAAACACUGAAAUCAAACACUGACCCUGUAUAACAAAGACAUACAGUGGAAUGAAAUGGUUUACACCAAAUCCUGCUUUUAAAUUUCAUGAAAAAAGAAUGUGAACUUUUGUACCUGCAUCCAUGCCUAUUACUACCACUGAUGGAACAAGCUUUUAUUAGUUGUUGUGUUUAUUGUUGCUAAGUGUUUACUUUUUGUGAAUGCCCAAUGUGCUUGCUGGUAUUCAAGGACCUUGGACCUCAUUUUUGUAAUAUUAAAAUGCUCUCUGGUGUCA